UUUCGGAGACUACAGAAAAUUCUAAACGAUUUUCAAUGAUCAAGAGAUUGAAAUGCGACCUCAGUCCGGAGCUGACAACCUGCCUGAAGUUGUCGGACAUGGACCGAUCCGACUGUUGCCGGAUCAAAGAACCCAUUCCCUAUGAUGGCGAGUGCUUCUUGAAGGACAUUGGCAAGGAGCUGUCCAAGCUCUACCGUCGCCAUGACCGCAUGUUCGACAAGCGCCGGCGCAUCAUGGAGAUGGCCAUGCCCCGCCAUCGGAAAUGUCGUUACGUCCCCAAGUGCGCGUGUCAGUUCAGCAAAACGAUCGAUAUUGUCCACGCCGAUCAGCCGAGCUACACGCGCACGGAGCAGCUGGCCCUUCCCACGGUGCGGCGGCUGCUUAACCGCCGGCAGCUUGCCCUCAGCACGGGCGACUCGAUCGGUGAAUCGAUUUUGAAUCGGCUGCUCCGCUAUAGCUACCUCUCGCUCUACAGUCGUCUGACGAACAUACAGCCGUUGAAGAAACCAGUGAAGAAGAAGAAGCCUACGAAAAAGCAAAAGAUUCGGCAGAACAGAUUCUUCGCAAAAUUAGCCACACCGAAGGUGGUGCCGACCCCCCCCAAGCCGGAACGACAAUUCAAGGAGAUGAGUCAGGGUCGCCUCAAGAGACUGUCGCGCCCCAAGCGCUACGUGGACGAGGUCAAGACCCCGUGGGAGCUGACGGAAACAAUGCGCAAAUACAAGCCGACCAAACGCAUCAAGACAAUGGCCAAGCCCAAUGAGCGCGAGAAUGUCCACAUUAACGAGAAUCCCGAAAAGGUGUCGCCCAAUGCACUGACAUACAAACCGAGUGCCCGCAUCAAGGAGAUGUCCCAGCCGCUCACGAUGCACGAAGCGAAUACGGUGCCGGCGGACAUCAAGGAGGAUCCGUUUGCCAUCGCCCCAAAUGCCCUCAAGUACAAGGCCUCGUCCCGCAUCAAGGAGCUGGCCGAGCCGAAGGAGUUCGAGAAUACCCACAUACGCGAGAAUCCGUUCGCCAUCUCGCCGGCAGCGCUCAAGGCCAAGGCCACGCCACGCCUCAUCGCCCUGGCCAAGCCCAAGGGCGGCUAAGGAUUGGGGGAAACAAGCUCUUUCAUCGUUUCAGAUAUUACUUUUUUGGCCUAUCCACGUUUCGCAUCGUUUGGUCAACUGCCGUUUAGGAUUAAAAGUUUAUUUAAAUAUUUA